GGAACCAUUUGCUGGACCAUCCAACUCAUCCCUCAAAUUUGGAAAAGUUGGCGUGAGAAAUCAACUGAUGGGCUCUCUGAACACCUGGUGUUCUUUUGGGGGACAGCUGGCCUUUUCAUGGGAAUUUACGCUAUCGUUCAAGACUUGAACAUCCCUCUGAUCGUCCAGCCUCAGUUAUUCAGCGCCCUUUGCUUUCUGUCAUGGACACAGUGCCAAUACUAUGGCCAUAGACGAUCGAAACUGACUUGCAUUGGGUUAUACACCAUUUGCUUGGGAUUUCUCGGCGGUCUCCAGGCCGGUAUGAUCUAUGCUAUCCGACCUUCAUACAGGAAGGGGAACGACGCUGGUGUAGAAUUUAUUGGGAUCUGCAGCACAGUCAUUAUCUCCGUCGCACUAUUACCGCAAUACUACGAGAUUUAUAAGCACCGCGAAGUUGUCGGUAUCUCUGUUCUGUUCAUGACAAUCGACAUGCUUGGCGGUGUAUCAUACUCUUUAGUUGCUGUCAUGGACGGCGCUGUCAUCCUGCUCGCGCUUAUCCUCAACCCCCUUGCAAAGAGACGCCGCAAGCGCGAGGCC